AUGCCGCGUUUGCCAUCCGACGACGCCAGGAGCAUUCACUCGAGUUUCGCCAGUGGAAUGCGCAACUUUCUGUCUCGAGGUUCAUCGAACAGAGCCGUCCAGCGCGCGCGUCGAGGUGCUGACUCAAGCGCCCAUAAUCAACAAACGCCGAACACUGUGAACUCUCCUGCAUCUGCACCCGAAGAUGAGGGAAUACACAACUCCCAUGAGGAUGCUGACCAGAGCAGCGGUGCCACUGGGGUUGUGACCGCUUUGUUCCAGCGCCACCAGAGCCAAGAUUCUAUCUUCAUUCCUUCCAAGUACCGUUUCCCUGCUCCCACAGCUGUUUCAGUCCCAGCUGUGUGGUCCUGGCAAAUGGGGCAAGCUGACUGGGUGCCUUUUGACGUUCAAGUUAUGGAGUUACUUGAGUCGCUUUGGGCUCACAUGCAAAGCCAACAGCAGCAGCAACAGCAGGACGAGCAGCCUGACGCAUUAGUGGAACCACAUGAGGAAGCACAAGAACUUUUGCAGGCGCAGGAACAGGAAGACCAACAGCCGGAGGGACAGUUACAGCAUGGAACGGUGCGUGAGCUUGGAGAGAGCGACGAUUCGACCUCACCGACAGCGGCAACCUCUCAAGCACGUCUAGAGCAGAGCCACAAAGUGUACGCACACAUCUCGCCGUGGCAGUACUGCCUAGACUUGGGCAAAAUGACUCAGCAAAACUUGGCAACCCGCAGAGUGAGACCUAUUCGAAGGAAUAUUGAGUCUGUGGGUUUGUGGUUUGCCAAGGGCUCUGACGGCCACGCAGAGAGGUUUCCUCCGGAGGUGGAAGUACACCUAGAAGCACUAUGGAAGGAGUCAUUGCAGGGCGUGAGAAACCCUAGCGCGUCCGUGCUGACCUGGGAGAAUCAGCGUACAGGGCAUCUCCAUUAUACCGACGUCAUCGCAAUGAGGGAGAGCCUCAAUACCGGCAGUCAGAGAGAGAUCAUGCGCACGGAGCUCGUUGCAGAAGCACUAUUGAACGACUCGGCAGAAGCGGUAAAACCUGGGGACUCGAAGGAACAUUCCUUUCCGCUGCCUUCCCUUGAAGUGGGCACUGAAGAAUCGGGAGAAGCCAUCUGCAAGGGCCAUAGGAAGUGGCUAGAGUCCGAUGACUUUGAUGCUGCCCUAGUUGUAGUAGAAGGGCACGACGUUCCUGACGACACGUGCGUCAUCUGCCUUGACAGUUUGGUCCAAGAACCUUCGACGAAUGCGCAGCAAUCUAAGACAAAAAAGCAGCGACGCCGAUCAAACAUGGGCAAAGACGAAAAAUGCUGCAGUAGAGGAGGUAGCAGCAGCAGGGAUACCAAGGAUAUCAGCGGCACAAGCAGUAGAAACAGAAGACGAAGCAACAGCAAAAUUGCCUGCACUACUAUCGCGGCUUCGCCGAACGAGAGCGAUGCCGGCCCGUCUAGUAACGCCGACUGCGAUAUGAACAGCCCAAAGGAUACAGACUCAAAAUUUCCUGAUAGUAAUAAAGAAGAGGUUGUACGUCUGAUAAAUUGCUCCCACCACUUUCACACCGAAUGCAUCCGCAUGUACGUACAGAGCUGCACGAAAGGAGGUUUCUACUGUCCGACAUGCAACGUUCUACAGCUGCCUGGCAAUGGCCCUUGCCCACCAGGGAAGAUGAAAUGGAGGAUAUGCAAUCGACCUUUACUUGCAGGACACCCAGACGAAGGGACAAUUAUUAUUGACUACAUUGUCAGCGGGGGUAUACAGACGGAAAGGCAUGCUCGACCCAGCAUCCCCUUUACUGGAGCGAGGAGACAGGCAUAUUUGCCGGAUUGCUUGAUGGGACGGAGACUACUGAGGCUCCUUAUUCAGGCUUUUGUCAAGGGUCACAUUUUCACUGUUGGCGACAGUGUGACGUCGGGGCAGUCAAACGUGGUUGUUUGGAACGGCAUCCACCACAAAACGAGCGUCUCUGGCGGUGUGUUGCACUACGGCUACCCUGAUGACACAUUCCUUUCUCGGCUGGCGGAGGAGCUUAAAGCGCGUGGAUUUCCGUUGGAGGCGGAUUCACCAUCAGCGGUUAGCGUUUGA